AUGGAACCAAGCCAGUUAGAUAAAGAGUUCAAAGAACAUAAGAAUGUAGCCUUGCAAUAUUUCGUAACAUCUGGGAAAGAUUAUGGCAAUUCGUUUAAGGACAACAAAGCAGAAUUGGAAGACAUCAUUAAUAAGGAGUUCCCGCAUUACAAAUCAACAAUUGAAGAAGGUUUAAAGGGUAAUGCCUAUCAAUCCGCACUUGAAGCGUACACCAAGAAAUUUGAGGAGAAAUAUGAAACUUAUCAUGAUCCUGAGGAUGAACCGGAUACUCAUGAUGAAGCCUGGGAAGAAGCAUUAACUGCAUAUAAAAUGAAGGGAGUGGGAAACAUGCCAAUGACGGAGUGCCAAACUAUCAAAUUAAUGAGGGAAAAAAGAAAAGAAUUCAGACAAUUAAACAAACAGAAAAGGGCCCGUAACAAGGGUGGGGGAGGAAUCGGGGGAUCGGACGAUCCCCCACAGAAUAGGGAGUUCUGCUCUACUAGACCAACACAAAACACAACCAACGAUAUAGGUCGUCCUGUUUUAUUUGACCUCAGUCAAUCAGUGCCUGUGGAAUCGGUUGCCAUCGGAUUCCGUAUUAAUCGGGAGUAA